AUGACAGCUAGUGAGGUAGCCAGUUCUUUCUUUAAAUAUGCGUCAAUACCAGUCGCUGUUGCGGUUGGGUUAUAUGCGAUCCUCCUAGGAUUACUCACCACGUCAACCUUCCAAUCCCAUGUCGUUUAUCUACACGCAAUUCAGAUGACAUGGUUCAAAGAUCUCAAUGUCCCCGAAACCUUUGGGUUCUUGAGGAACCAGGUCACUCCGUUCCCCAUCAGAACGACGGACGGUGAACAGCUGUAUGCUUGGCAUAUUCUUCCCGUGGAAUUAUAUCGCAAGCAUCAGAUAUCUCUCAUAGAAGAGCCCGUGGGCUUCGUCUCCGAUAUCAAGUCUCGAUUGGGAUUUCAACUAUUGCGGGAGGACCCCGAGGCUCGUUUGGUACUUCAUAUGCAUGGCGCUGGGGGAACCGUCGCCUCAGGUUACCGCGUACCCAAUUAUCGUGCGCUGUCAGCGGGCAAUCCUGGGAAAAUCCAUGUUCUCACAUUUGAUUACCGAGGAUUUGGCAAGAGUACCGGGUCACCGUCUGAAAUCGGGCUUAUCAUCGAUGCUCUCGCCGUGGUGGAUUGGGCAAUGAACGUUGCAGGCAUCCCUCCUUCGCGAAUCUUGAUAUUUGGUCAAUCGAUGGGCACGGCUGUGAGCAUCGCUGUGUCCAAACAUCUUGCUGUACAGAAUCCACCAAUAGUAUUCGCAGGCACCGUGCUGGUUGCGCCAUUUGUGGAUGUCGCGACAUUGGUCUCAACUUACCGAGUGGCGGGUACCGUACCAAUCUUGUCGCCAGUUGCGAGGUUCCCUUUCCUCUUCAAAUAUCUUCAGCGACUCAUUCGAGACAAAUGGCUGAGCAAGGAUUGUAUUGCGCAAUAUAUCCGGGCUAACGAGCUGAAUGAAGAGAAAUACCGAAUAACGAUUAUUCACGCGGAGGAUGACUAUGACAUUCCAUGGCAUCAUUCCCAACUUGUUUUUUGGCAUGCGGUUAAUGCUUCAAUACCAGCCGGGAUCAGUUAUGAUGACCUUGAACAAAAGAAGCUCGACUCGAAAGCAGAUCUGGGGGCUGCCGGGUCCAUGAUGGAAUGGAAAACGGAUAACGGGGUUAUUCGCGAAGAAAUCUUGAAAACUGGAUUGCACGAUGUAAUUAUGGAGUACCCAGUAGUCACAAUGGCGGUGAUGCGAUUUUUUGAGGCGGCAGAUCCAUCAUUCACGCCUUGA